AUGAAUGUCCAGGAUAGAAGAAGGAUAUUGGGCCCUAUUGAAGCCAAACCGUUGGCUUUUCCAGAAACAAAAUCGACUUCUAAUGAAGAGACCACCGUUGUACUACCGGAAUUUCAAGCUCCUAGUAUUCAAACAAAUCUGUUAAAGAAUUGUAACGGUUCAUGUAUAAUAGAGAACGAGAACACGUCAAUUUUAUCUUCUAUUUAUGGUCCAAGAUCAACAAGGUCGAACUUAUUUGAGUCCCGUUGUUUAAUUAAUGUCACCAUUAAAAGUGCGGUAUUCCCAACUUCUGAGUUGAAAGAACUAAGCAGCUUCUUAAUCAAUGUUCUAGAGAGUUUUGUGUGUUUAGAGUUAUACCCAAAGGCAGGUAUUGAUGUCUUCAUCAAUCUAAAUAUUGAACAGGUCAGUGAUCUAAGUUGGUACAUUCCUUAUAUCAUGAUGAGUAUAGUUCUUGGUCUAGUUGAUGCAGGUAUUGAAAUAUCAGACUUACCUGGUUGUGGGUUCAAUGACAAUAAUGCAAUUUGUUUUACAAAGAAUGGUUCUGAAGUUAUUGGUAUUUGGAGAGAUAAAGGUGACAUAAAGGACGAAUCUAGUUUUGGAGACAGUCUUGAUAUCUGUAAGGACCAGUACUUGCAAAUAAAAGGCUUAAUGGCAAGUUAUUUAUUAUCUAAACUAGACGAUGAUAAAUCUACAUAG